ACAACACACAACAAAAAUAACAAAGAGCAUUUAAUUUACUAUUAAAUAAAUACGACAUUAAAAAAAUUAUGCUAACUAUGGAAUCGGACAUGAAAGGCGGCAUACUUCACGCGACAAUGCCUCCUCAUCACGCCUCCGCCGCACUUCAUAGUCAUGCAGCAUCUCCCUAUAGUGCUUUGGGGCCACUUAUGAAUCUUGGGCAAUCGCAUUUGGCUCAAUCGCAUAUAUCCAAUCACCAUCAUCAUCAUCAUAUGACCUCGCAUAUUGCCUCUAGCCAAAGUUCUGCUUCACUCUCUGGCAACGGUACUAGUAAUGCACUUAGUACACUGCAAUCGAGCUUGACUAAUACAUUAAGUAAUAAUUCGGGUAUACAACAACAGCACGGUUCACCGUUGCAUAGUUCAAGUGAUCUAAGUCCAACGCAAUCAUCGCACACCAGCAUUGGCAGUCAUCAUAUGACUUCGCCUGGACAAUCGCACCACCAUGCCCACCAUCAUUCGAGUAUGGGUAGUCAGGGUCCCACAAUAAGUGGGAGCGGUGUUGCGAGCAAUAAUACGGGAAAUAUAAAUGUUAAUAAUAAUAAUAAUUCAACAACAAAUAAGAAUCAACAAAAUGCCGAUCGUGUUAAAAGGCCAAUGAAUGCUUUUAUGGUUUGGUCACGUGGUCAGCGUCGCAAAAUGGCUUCGGACAAUCCGAAAAUGCAUAAUUCAGAAAUUUCAAAGCGACUCGGAGCACAGUGGAAAGAUCUAUCAGAAGCUGAAAAGCGUCCAUUCAUUGAUGAGGCCAAACGUCUAAGAGCUGUACACAUGAAAGAACAUCCAGAUUAUAAAUAUCGCCCAAGACGUAAAACGAAGACUUUAACAAAAACAAAAGAAAAAUAUCCAUUAGGUGUUGGUUCUUUAUUACAACCAUCUGAUGCAAAUGUAUCAUCUCGGAACGCUUCGAGUACAUCGAUUUCAGCCGCACAACAAGCAGCCGCUGUUAAUCGCGAUAUGUAUCAAAUGAGUACACCUAAUGGUUAUAUGCCAAAUGGUUAUAUGAUGCAUGAUCCAUCGGCAGCAGCCUAUCAAAGUCAGCAUAGCGCAUAUAUGGGUAACUAUCAUCGAUAUGAUAUGGGUCAAAUGCAUCAGGCUGCAGCAGCUGCUGGCUCAUUGAAUUAUAUGAAUGCAACGACUGGUGGUGGAUAUGGCAUGUAUGGUACUGUUUCUGGUGGCCAAACAUCUCCUUAUGGAAAUCUUCAACAGCCGAGCUCACCAUACAGUAACGUCCAACAACAGCCUGGCUCACCAUAUGGCCUUUCAGGUCAACCAGGAUCGCAGGUUUCCUGUCAAAGUCAUAGCCCUAGCGACUCAAGUAUUAAAUCCGAACCUGUAUCGCCUAGUCCUUUGCACAAUUCUUCACAACAAAAUGCCGGCGCAUCCUCAACGCUUGCAGUCAACACUAAUAACAAUCAUAUUAUGAAAAGAGAAUAUGCGAACUCCCAACAAUCGUCAGACUUAAAUCAUUUGAUUAACAUGUAUCAUAUACCUGACAGCAUGCAAGCUUCAGCUGUAGCUGCCGCAGCAGCUGAACACCAUCAACGCAAUUUGAUUCAUUACCAAAAUAGUUCACCAGAUUUACAACAGCAUCAGCAUCAGCAAUCGAUGCGUGUAAUGGCACCACUUGCCCAUAUGUGAGAAAUGGCUAGCGUCUAUAAU